GUGUGAAUGUUUGCAGGUCUGCGCGAUGGCGAUGUGCUACCAAAAGCACCCGUUUGAAAUAGAGACCGAGGAUCGGCUGACGACAAUAAAUACUAAAAUAUUUGAAAUCAAAAAGAAGAUACAACUUUCAGAGGGCCAAAGAAAGUCCCACUACGAAGAGAACGAGACCGAGAAACAACAGAACGUCGAGCUGAUCGAGACCCUCAAGAAGGAGAUCAAGGUCCGGCUUCAGGAGCUGACAGCGGCGAGGGCCGUGGUGGGGGCUGACGAGGGACAGGUCAAGAAGUACCUCAGCGAGGUCUGCCCUAUAGCCAACAAGACCUCCGACCAGAUCAUAAACAACCUAGACCUCAAGGUCAUAGAGCAGCGGAAGAUCCUGGACCUCCUAAAGUACGAGAAAAGAAGCAAAAAGUUAAAGCUCAGAGACUUGGAGAAGGAAUACGAGAGCCUUCUGAUAGCGACCACCAGCCGGGUCGUUAAAACUAAGGGGAGUCCCACAAGGAAGCAUGCCUCUCACUUGGAGAACGAGAUACACAAAGUCCUCAUUCAGUGGACCGAGGCAGAGUUGGUUAAGAAGAAAUAUCACUCCAUCAAGCAAGCGCUCAUCGAUGAUUCGGUCAAGUUCGAGAGCUCCCUGGCCAGGAUUGAGGAUCUACUUGAGAAACAGAAAGAGGAAAUAGCCAAGUUGGAGUUCGUCCGUGAGGAAGCAGCCCUGAUGCGCGUGCGCGCGACGGGCGCGACGGCAGCCGAGGCGGCGCGCGCGCAGGACGCCGAGCACGCGCGCGCCGCCGAGCGCGCGUACUUCGCGCAGCGCUUCGCGGAGCGCCGGCUAGAGCUUGAGAAACUGGAGAAGAGGAUAUUCCCUCCACAAGCCCGAGGGCUGGUGAGGCAAGAUUCAGCCAGAUCCUCUGUCAAUGCUGCAAUGACUGAAGAGGUUUCGGCCACGGCGCAAAUGGAGAACGUAUUCCAGAGGCUCAUGAAACUCACAGGUGUAACUGAAGCGGAAGAAGUGUUCGACCGUUUCCGAGCGCAGCGGGAAACCUCUAAACGUCUCAACUACCUCCAAGCCACCAUAGAAGACGAGAAACUCCAGCUUGAGAGCACUCAGACCAACCUGCUGGCUGAGCUGGAAGCCUUCAAGUUUGCCUCCGUCAAGGAUAAAGAUGAAACGCAAGACCAAAUAAUCGCUCUAAAGGAAGAAAUAAAGGCUGAAGUAGAAACCUACUCCGGUCUGGAAAGCGAGCUGGAAGACCUGGACAACCUGCUGCUCGAGAUCAAGAGAUUGCUGUACGAGCUAUGCAAACUGCUUGAUGUGAUCCCCGACCCACCAGUCCCCGAAUGGACGGCGGAAGCACGCGACGUGCACGCGCUGCUGGGCGUGCUGCGUGCGCGCUUCGAGCACGCCGGCGCGCGCGCCGAGGACGUGCGCGCGCGGCGCGACAUCAGCACCAUGGCUAUGCCUUCUAAUCCUACUAGCGGAGCGGCGUCCGUGGCCGGCAUCAGUAUGCAGAGCCACAGCACCCCAAAGGAGGCCGAAAACGCGGCUCCAACCUACAAGGAACUGCUAACUAAAGAGCCUGUUAGGCAACCUCCGUCCGAUGAAGAAGAAGACAUACCAUCUCGAUGUUAUCUGAAGAGACAAGCGCAGCUCAUCGUGGACACCAAGUGCCGAAGAAAAGGCUUCAGGACUCCAUAUCCAAGACGAUAA